AUGCAAGUAUGGGACACGGCAGGUCAGGAAAGAUUUCGUACGAUCACCCAGAGCUACUACCGCAGCGCUCACGGCGCGGUGAUUGCCUAUGACAUCACACGGCGUUCAACUUUUGACUCAGUGAAGCACUGGAUAGAAGAGGUGGAGCUAUAUGGAGCAGCCAAUGUGGUUCUCGUCCUCAUAGGUAAUAAAUGUGACCUGGAGCAGGAACGAGAGGUUCAGUUUCAAGAAGCCUGCAAUCUGGCAAAACAAAAAGGCAUCUUGGCUGCACUAGAAACAUCUGCAAAGGAUAGUCAGCAUGUGGACGAAGCCUUCAUGCUGAUGGCCAGAGAGCUGCUGUCUCGUAACGGCCUUAACGUGCAGCCCGAAGACUUCGAGAGCAAGGACACGCCUCGAGUUCUGCUGCGAGCCAACUCUCGGCCAAUCAACGGCACCAUAAGUGCCAACACACACACACCAGAAAAAAAAUCGUGUUGCUGAUACAAAUGCAGACAGGACAAGAAAAGGGACCGACGUUGGAUGUUGGCAGCAAGAGAAAGAUGGAGCUGAAGAACUGAAGGAGAUACAUCACUGUGGGAAUAAGGGCGAGCACAGGCUCAAGAACAUUCAACAAUAUAUGCAUCGAGGGGAUUCAGGCAAUUAUCAGAAAAUAAUUGCGUUAAAAAAACAAGCAAGAAAACAACCAGUGUACUUUUUUUGUGACUUACCUGACCUGAAAAAUAGUUGACCAGUCUUUUCAUUUAGAGAAUAACAGAGUGGUGAUGGGAGUAAUCAGUGUUGUGGGAAAGUUCCAGUAAACUUUUCUCAUUCAUGUCAAGCAUUACUUGGACUGCUUUUGUCUCCUAUUUAAUGCCCUUUUAUUUCCACAAGAUGUCAUGAGGCUACUUAAAAUGAAUCCAGCAAUUCAUUUAUAAACUGAAGAGCUAUUAUGGCUGUUUUUACAAGUUACAAUCACACCAACAAAUGUGCAAUCAGUUAAACACAAAA